AUGACUGACUGGCACACAACCUGUUGUCAGGCCUUACGGCAAGGCCGCUCGCAAGCGGUCUUGUUCCGAGAUGGCACCGCGGGAGAUUUCGCCUUCGAAAUCUUGAAAGUCUUGCGCGACAUUUGUGCUCAAGAUCCAGAGGCGCAAUGUCUGCUGCUCUGUGCGAAGUCGGAGUUGAGAAAUCCCAUGGUGGCAGAGAAGGUUCGACUCGAGGACCCUGCGCUUGAUGAGGCACUUCAAAGAGUGCACAUCAAAUACAUUUCCGACGCGCCGGUUUCGCAGCUGUUGGCGCUCCAAGCGCUGCCCUUUCGGCCCAAAGUGGUGGCCACAUCGGGCGCCGCUGCGCAGGAGAAAAAACUGUGCUUGGCGGCGUCUUUGUUGCUGGAUGCUUGCCAUCAGUUGACUCGAUGCACAUCGGAACCUUGCGCAGCCUUGUUUUACGAAUCUUCGGCCAACAUUCGAUCUGCCGAGAGUUUCUUAGGGGCCAUCUUCCCCGAGACCUUUGCGGUGCACCUCACAGAUUCCAGGUUCCACGUGGACCCAGGGGCUAUGAAGGAUCUGCUGGUGGGCAUCUUUGAUGGGAAGAUUCCUCCUGAGUUAUUGAAGCCGUCCAUUGGAAACAUCCAGCCGAGCUUCGUCGACUAUGACGAAUCUGGCCACGUUUUGGCCAAGGGCUUCGACAACGAUCGGGCCAUCCAGGAUUACGAGGAAGCCUUGCAGGAUAUGAUGGAAAAUGGUGGUUUCGCGAACCCGGCUGUGGGGCAGAUCUGCGCAGGGCUCAUCACCCUCUAUGAUGCAAAGGCGGGUAUCACAAAGGAUGCGCAGUACUACGACCGCGCGGUCGAGUGCUUUGGCUCUCUCGUGGAAGGAGGAGACUUGAGGGCUAUCAGCCCUCAUCAAAUGAGUGACAGCCAUCAAGACGUUUCGAGUCUUGUCCGAGCCAUUGAAAGGCUCAGCAUUGCCAUCGAGGGGUCCAAUUCAGCACGGCGAGAACAGGGUAGUUGGGAAGUCAUUAGCCCAAGGGCAGGACCCGCCAACCCCUCCAUUUCUGAUCUUCACCAGAGGCAAGAUCGCGUGGAUUUUGGUGAUUACGAGUCUUUUGCUGAGCUGCUGCCUCCUUGUCCAGAAAGGUUGCAGGGUCUUUGCUCCAGACUGUCAGGAGGCAACUACUCCUCAGAGUAUCGUGCAAAGAGGGCCUGGGAGGCCGGAUAUUGGGCUUCUUUGUGCCAGCGCAAGCGUAUCAGAGUUCCCCGAGCUUCUCUCCCCUUUGAUUUGCGACCUGCCGUCUACAUCAUCAUUCAGGCCCCAGGAUUGCAAUCACCAACACGAGUGGCAAGGGCAUCAGAUUUGGCAAGAAUCACAAAGAGAUUUACUGAGGACGUUAUCUGUCACGGAUUUGCAUCACUUGCAGAAGCAGAGGUGUACUGUGCCAGCUACGGCAUUCCUUUGCCAUGUCCGCAUCAGUUUCAGCCGUAG